CACUCGAUCAUCUGACAGACUGGCACGCCCAUCAUUUUAUACAGGAGAAAGGCCGUUCACCUGCUCAAACAGUGGGAAUCGAUUCACUCGGUCAUCUCAAUUGAUAGUACAUCAGCAAGUUCACACUGGGCAAGGCCUUUCACCUGUUCUGUGUGUGAGAAAGGAUUCAGUCAGUCGUCUCACCUGUGGACACACCAGUCAGUUCACACUGGGCAGAGGCUGGUCAUCUGCUGAAUUUCUGAGUAAGGAUUCACUCAGUCAUCUGACCUAAUGGCUCACCAGCGAGUUUACACCGGGGAGAGGCCAUUCACCUGCUCAGACUCUGGGAAGGGAUUCACUCAGUCAUCCGACCUACGGAGACACCAGCAAGUUCACACUGGAAAGAAGCCGUUUACCUGCUCAGUCUGUGAGAAGAGAUUCACUCACACUUCCACCCUACAGAGUCAUCAGCGAGUUCACACUGGGGAGAAGCCAUUCACCUGCUCCGAAUGUGGGAAGAGAUUCGCUCAGUCAUCCACCCUACAGAGUCAUCAGCGAGUUCACACCAGGGAGAAGCCGUUCACCUGCUCAGACUGUGGGAAGAGAUUCACUCAGUUAUCCCACGUACAGAGUCAUCAGCGAGUUCACACUAGGGAGAAGCCAUUCACCUGCUCAGUCUGUGGGAAAGAAUUCACUUGGUCAUCCAAACUACUGGCACACCAGUCAGUUCACACAGGAGAGAGGCCAUUCACCUGCUCAGUCUGUGGGAAGGGAUUCACUCAGUCAUCCCACCUGCAGAGACAUCAGCGAGUUCACACAGGAGAGAGGCCAUUCACCUGCUCAGUCUGUGGGAAGGGAUUCACUCAGUCAUCCCACCUGCAGAGACAUCAGCAAGAUCACACUGGGGCGAAGCUAUUUAGCUGCUCAGAAUGUGGGAAAGGAUUCACUCAGUCAUCCCACCUACUGGCACACCAGUCAAUUCACACUGGGGAGUGGCCGUUCACCUGCUCAGAAUGUGGGAAAGGAUUCACUCAGUCAUCCCACCUACUGGCACACCAGUCAAUUCACACUGGAGAGAAGCCGUUCACCUGCUCAGACUCUGGGAAGGGAUUCACUCAGUCAUCCGACCUACAGAGACACCAGCAAGUUCACACUGGGAAGAAGCCGUUCACCUGCUCAGUCUGUGAGAAGAGAUUCACUCACACUUCCACCCUACUGGUACAUCAGCGAGUUCACACUGGGGAGAAGCCGUUCACCUGCUCAGAAUGUGGGAAGAGAUUCACUCGGUCAUCCCACCUACAGAGUCAUCAGCGAGUUCACACUGGGGAGAAGCCAUUCACCUGCUCCGAAUGUGGGAAAGGAUUCACUCAGUCAUCCCACCUAAGGGCACACCAGUCAGUUCACACAGGAGAUUGGCCAUUCACCUGCUCAGACUGUGGGAAGGGAUUCACUCAUUCAUCCGAACUACAGAGACAUCAACAAGUUCACACUGGGGAGAAGCCGUUCUCUUGUUCAGAAUGUGGGAACAGAUUCACUCGGUCAUCCAACCUACAGAGACAUCAGCGAGUUCACACUGGGGAGAGGCUGUUCACCUGCUCAGAAUGUGGGAACAGAUUCACUCGGUCAUCUCACCUACAGAGUCAUCAGCGAGUUCACACUGGGGAGAAGCCAUUCACCUGCUCAGAAUGUGGGAAGAGAUUCACUCAGUCAUCCACCCUACAGAGUCAUCAGCGAGUUCACACCGGGGAGAAGCCGUUCAACUGCUCAGUCUGUGGGAAGAGAUUCACUCAGUUAUCCUCCCUGCAGAGCCACCAGCAAGUUCACACUGGGGAGAAGCCAUUCACCUGCUCAGUCUGUGGGAAAGGAUUCACUCAGUCGUCCAACCUACAGAGACAUCAGCAAGUUCACACUGGGGAGAAGCCGUUCAACUGCUCAGAAUAUGGGAAAUGAUUCACUUGGUCAUCCGCCCUACUGGUACAUCAGCGAGUUCACACAGGAGAGAGGCCAUUCACCUGCUCAGUCUGUGGGAAGGGAUUCACUCAGUCAUCCCACCUGCAGAGACAUCAGCAAGAUCACACUGGGGCGAAGCUGUUUAGCUGCUCAGAAUGUGGGAAAGGAUUCACUCAGUCAUCCCACCUACUGGCACACCAGU